CAAAGUUGCGGCGGCGACGCAGGAGGCCGUCGUCAUCAUGCUCAAGGAAGAAGAUCCGUUGAUCGAACUCAUCCGGGAAUGGAUCAUGGCGCCGAUUGACGAGUCGGCGGGGCUGCAGCUGUCGACACUGGAAGUGUUUACGUUGGUGGAAGACAUGAUCAACGAACAUGUCAAGCUUCCCCAUGGCUCGCGCUUGAAAAAGUACAUCCCCAAGGUCAAGCGCAUGUUCAUGCCCCUAAACCUCAUGGACGCUGUGCAUGCGUACGAUGCUGUCACGCACUUCUCAAGACGCAAGCGCGUUCCGCCGACCUUUAAAGACGUCCGACACAUCCUCAACCUCGCCACGAUCCAUGCGAUAGCACCCACGCUAAAACUUGUGACGUUCGAUGCCGACGAUACGAUCUACGAGGACGGCGGCUCCAUCAGUGAAUCGUCCGACAUGGUGACUGUCAUUGUCGAGUUGCUAAAGAAAGGCAAGGUGGUGUCGUUGGUGACGGCGGCAGGGUACCCUGGGGAGCCCCAGCGCUACGAAGCGCGACUGCGAGGGAUCCUCGACGCCUUGGCGAAAUUGCCCGAGGACGCGCAAUCCCGCUUCUUGGUUAUGGGGGGUGAAUGCAACUACCUCCACGUCACGUCGCGAGAUGCCGAUACUGGCGCAGUGUCGCUGCGCGUGGUGGACCCCGUGGAAUGGAAGGACGGCCGCGGCCAGCGCUGGGACCAGGCCGAAGUGGACCAGCUCUUGGAUCAGGCACAGUAUAUGAUACAUUCCACGUUGGAAGAGAUGGUGGCGUUGUUGGACAUGCCUGCCAAGAUCUUGCGCAAGGAGCGGGCCGUGGGCAUCUACAACCCAACGAACAAGCGAUUCGUGUACGAAAACCUCGAGGAAAUCGCCCUCACGGUGCAGCAAGUGCUCGUCACCAACAUUCCGCACUGCGCUUUCAACGGCGGCAACGACGUGUGGGUGGACAUUGGCAACAAAGCUCUCGGGAUCUCGGCGCUGCAGCACUAUGUUGUGCGCCUCUUGCCUGGCGACACGGAACUACAAGGGCACGAAUGUCUUCAUGUUGGCGACCGAUUCACCCGAACUGGAAACGAUACCUUGUCGAGAGAUGUGUCGUCAACGGUAUGGGUGUCCAACCCCCAAGAAACGGCCGACCUCGUGAAAUUGCUCGUGCCAUUGCUCUAACUAGUUCAGUGUACUAACGAGAUGGCUUAGUAUUACUACUACAACUACAGUAUGAACUAGUUUAUACUACGAACGUUAAAUGGAGAAGGAGUUUCAAAGGAACACGUCAUAACGUUA